CCCGGGAAAAUGGCUUGAUCAGGCUGCCGAGAAUAGCAGCAGCAGCAAAGAAAGGCAGCCAGCCCGCAAAAGCAAGGACACUUCACACCACCCAUACUUCCAAAGCCCCUUUCCCACGGCAACAGAGGUUGGUUGGUCUGACUAUACUAUAGCACGGGCCUUUCUCACUGCCCGCUCGCUGCUUUGUCCCAAUUUCUCAUUCUUCGAGUUUUUCCAGCUGAAAGGCUAGCAUUGGCUUUCGUCGGAAUACGAGCCUUCGGCUUACAGCCACCAACGCGGAACAACCAUGGGUCGUUUGGCACCUGGAGAUGUCAAGGAGGACUUGACCCUCCUCCCUACGCCGACGGACGAAUCGAUUCUCGCUAAUAUCAAGGACCGAUACUCUCGAAACCUCAUCUUCAAUCGAAUCGGCGCCGGAGCUCUGGUGGUCGUCAACCCGGUCAAAACUCUCGAAUCCUUUUCCGACAGCACAUGCACUCAAUAUGCGGACUGGGCGAAGGACACGGCGGAGGACAAAGUCCCACUGCCUGCUCACAUCUUUGAUCUGGCGGUUUCAGUCUUCAACCACAUGUGGAGAAAUCAGCAGGAUCAGUCCGUUGUCUUCUCGGGUGAUAGCGGAAGCGGAAAGACCGAAGCACGAAAGCUGCUUGUUCGCCAGCUCAUUGCACUCAGCACGAACGCAAAGAAAAAGUCGAAGGUGCACUCUGGCAUCCUCAAAACAGAAACGAUUCUCGACGCAUUCGGAACGGCACGGACGCUCUUGAAUCCGAGCUCAUCGCGCUUUGGUCGAUACACCGAGUACCAAUAUGACUCACAUGGGCGGAUGGUGGGAGCAAAGAUGUUGGAUUACCUGCUGGAGAAGGACAGGGUGUCUGCCACACCGGCCGAUGAGCGGAAUUUCCACAUCUUCUACUACCUUCUUGCGGGAGCCACUAUAGAGGAGAAGACCCAGUGGCGAUUGCAGGACGCAACACACUACGCAUACCUGAAGGGUUCUCGACCAGUCCGAUUGACGACGGAGGACCAGAUCAAAUUUGGCGAGCUGCGCGAUCAUCUCAAGUCUCUUGGGGUGGGCCGCCGCUUACAGGCUCAAAUAUAUCAGCUCCUGGCCGCCGUUUUGCAUCUCGGCAACAUCGAGUUUCAGGAAGAUGUGGAGAAGCCUAAAGAGUCGUGUGUGGUAAAAAACGCCGAGGCACUCGAAAUCGCUGCUGAGCUUCUCGGAGUCGCGGCCAAGAAUCUGGAGAGCUCGCUGACCGUCCGGACAAAGCUCGUGUGGCGAGAUGUUGUGAGCGUUUUCAUGAACGCUGAAGAAGCAACCAAGCAACGCAACCAAUUGGCUAACACGCUUUACGGGCUGGUGUUUGCGUGGUUGGUGGAGCACAUCAACACCCGUCUAUGCAAAGAUGAAUGCGAUACUUUUAUCGGCGUUGUGGACAUGUCAGGAUUCCAGGAUACCGAGAACAAUGGGAUGGAGCAGCUGCUUGCGAACUACGCAAACGAGCGUCUACAGCAGUUUGUCAACAAAGCCGUCGCUAGUCCACACGAAGAAUACGUGAAGGAGGGAAUUCGAUCGGUUUCCGUACCACAGACUGACAACACGGCAACCGUCAAUUUCCUCAAUACUGCCCUCGGUGUCAUUGACGCCGCCACUGGGGAUCACGCCCAGGAAAAGCCGCUUCUUGACCGAUUGACGCAAAAGGUCGGCACCGAUGAGCACUUCGUCGCGGGUAAGACUGAGUCCACUUUCGGAGUGCAGCAUUCGUCACGAGUGGUUGAAUACCAGACGGCAUCUUUGGUCGAAAAGAACAAGGACGUCGUCUGCGCAGAUUUCGUUGCCAUUUUCCGCGGAAACGGAAAGGAUAUCCCGUCGUCGGCCAAUGGGUUUGUUCGCAACCUGUUUUCCGAAGGCGCGGUUGCGACAGAGUCUGCGGGUCGCGACAGGGCCAUGAUCACCGGUGCUACCCCCAAGAAGCCGUCCCGCCAUCCUUCAUUGAAGCGCAACAACAGCCAGUAUGGAGGAUACGACCGAGCGAACCGUGACACCGUAGCGUACAACUUCCGCACCAGUGUGGACGAGAUGAUCGAAACGCUCGGCGAGACGAUUCCAUGGUUCGUGUUCUGCGUGAAGCCCAAUGACGAUCUGUCAACGGACAAGUUCGAGUCCAAGAAGGUCAAAGCGCAGCUUCGUCGCUUCGGCAUUACUCAAAUCGCCCAAGCAAGGGCAGGUGCUUCCUACAGCGCCCACUACGAGAUCAAUGACUUCCUUGCACGGUAUCGAGUAAUCAUCGACCCAAUGGGCCUGGACGACAGCGGCGGCCCGAGCGGGAAAUGUGAAGACUUUGUUUUGCACAGCAACUGGACCAACAGGGAUAUGGCGGUUGGACGCAGCAAGGUUUUCUUGUCGGAAGCAUCCUGGAGAUCGCUUGAAGACGAAUUGAGAACCAUCGAAGACCAACUGAAGGCGGAUCGCAAGGCGCGCAAGUCGGACAAGUCUCGCGGUGGUUCUGGGUCUCAGGACGACACCGCUUCCAUGUACAGCAGCGAGUACGAAUAUGGUGACGAUGUUUCCAUGUUUGACGAUGGUGAAUCUCACUAUCAUUCCGAGUACGAAUACAACGGCGGCCUGAGCCAUCAGCAUUCGCAGGUCACCCUGGUGGGCAGGGAAAAGCGGUCCACCGAGAAGGAUCUAGAGGCCGGCCAGAAGGCAAACGAGGCUCUCAUUGAGGAGGAGGAUCACGUCACUUCAGCGAGGAGGAAGUGGGUCUGCUGCACAUGGUUCCUCACGUGGUGGAUCCCUCCUUUCUGCCUGUCGAUCUGUGGUGGCAUGAAGAGGAAAGACAUCCAGAUGGCUUGGCGAGAGAAGGUUGCGCUCUGCCUCAUCAUCUUCUUCUGCUGUUGCGCGCUGGUGUUCUUCAUCAUCGGUCUUGGUAGAUUGAUCUGCCCAAGGCUUGACGUCUUGAGCACGUCGGAAAUCGCAGGCCGCAAGGAUGCGAAGGACCCCUACGUGUACGCCUACGGUCAUGCUUACAUGAUCAAGGACGUUGUCGACACCCAUAUCACGACCUACGGCCGGCAGAACUACGAAUUGGCGAGCUUUUACGGAACGGACGUCUCAAACCUCUUCAACAAGGCUGCCCUGUUCAGCAACUACUGCCCAGGAAUCGACGCGCCGUCGCCGGGCUGGAGCAACCUCGCGAUAACGCAGCGAAACUCUCCGGCCCUAUAUAACCAUUCGCAGGUUAUCCCCGGGACCAACGGCCGAGUGCAAGACUACUUCGGUUACAUGAAUCAGUAUGCGCGCAAACGCGUUGCUUGGGCCGUCGAUGACGUUGCGAGCCAAGCAAACCUUCGCAACUUGGUUAUAAUCAACGACAACAUUUACGAUCUCUCCGCUUAUUUCGAUGCUCGGAGUGGAGGCUUGUUCAACGACCAAGGCAUGAACACUAUCGUCUCAAUGAAGGGCAAAGACGCCACCAGCCAGUGGAAUUCAUUGAUCGCGAAACCGGACCCGGCCAAGGCGAAGCGAUAUGUGCAGUGCAUGAACGGUCUGUUUUACGUGGGGGUGGUCGACCACCGGAAUGACUUCGUUUGCAGGUUCUCGAACUACAUUCUUCUGGCCAGUACCAUUGUGCUCGUUGUGGUCAUCGGAUUCAAGUUCUUGGCGGCCUUGCAAUUCGGCGGAUGGAAGGAGCCAGAAGACCACGACAAGUUUGUCAUCUGUCAAGUUCCUUGUUACACGGAGGGCGCUGAAAGCUUGACGAAAACGCUCGAGUCGCUCGCAACGCUCCGAUAUGACGACAAACGCAAAUUGAUCGUCGUUCUCUGUGAUGGAAACAUCAUCGGAAGCGGCAACGAUCGACCGACCCCUCGCAUUGUUCUCGACAUUUUGGGCGUCGACCCCAACCACGAUCCCGAGCCCGUCAGUUUCCAAUCCUUGGGAGAAGGCGACAAACAGCACAACAUGGCGAAGGUUUACUCUGGUCUUUACGAAGUCCAGGGACACUCUGUGCCAUAUAUCGUCGUUGUCAAGGUCGGCAAACCUAGCGAGCGAAACCGACCUGGAAACCGUGGCAAACGCGAUUCCCAAAUGAUCCUCAUGCGCUUCUUGAACCGCGUCCACUUCAACUUGGAAAUGAACCCCUUGGAACUUGAGCUUUACCAUCACAUGAAGAACAUCAUCGGUGUCAACCCGUCUUUCUAUGAAUACACGCUAAUGGUGGACGCCGAUACCGAAGUUUACAAGGAUUCGCUCAACCGCAUGGUGUCUGCAAUGAUCCACGAUUCGAAGAUCAUGGGAAUUUGCGGCGAAACUCUGAUUGACAACGAGAAGGAGUCGUUGACGACGAUGAUUCAGGUCUACGAAUACUUUAUCUCUCACCACUUGUCGAAGGCUUUCGAGAGCUUGUUUGGUUCCGUCACGUGUCUGCCUGGAUGCUUCUGCAUGUACCGUAUCCGCACACCCGUCAAGAACAUCCCGCUUCUCAUCUCGCCAAGUGUCAUUGAGGAUUACUCCGAGAACCGUGUGGACACACUGCACAAGAAGAACUUGCUUCACCUUGGAGAGGAUCGUUACCUGACCACCCUCAUGAUGAAGCACUUCCCCAACCACAAGCUUUCCUUCACCAACGAUGCUCAAUGUCGCACCAACGCCCCCGACAGAUGGUCUGUGCUGCUGUCGCAAAGGCGUCGAUGGAUCAACUCGACCGUUCACAACCUGUUUGAGCUGAUUCACCUGCAGCAGCUUUGUGGAUUCUGCUGUUUCUCGAUGCGAUUCAUCGUUAUGAUCGAUUUGUUCUCGACAUUGGUGCAGCCGGUCAUCCUUCUCUACAUCGGGUACUUGGUGUACUCUGCGAUUACCGAACCCGACAUCUUCCCAAUGAUGAGUGUCAUCAUGUUGGCCGCCAUCUAUGGACUGCAAGUGUUGAUAUUCAUCCUGAAGCGACAAUGGGCUCAGAUCGGAUGGAUGAUUGUGUACAUACUCGCCAUGCCCGUCUUUAGUUUCUGGAUUCCGCUGUACUCGUUCUGGCACUUCGACGAUUUCUCGUGGGGUAACACCCGUGUUGUCGUGGGAGACAAAGGGAAAAAGAUGGUCUACGCUUCGGACGUCCAACCGUUCAACCCUAAAUCGAUUCCCAUGAAGAAAUGGGCGGACCACGAAAGCGAGACGUGGGAGAAAGGCUCAUCUGGCUCGCAAGGCUCCAAGCAUUCCGGAUCUAGCCACAGUCGACGGGCUCCCAGCGUCGCAUCUGGCUACUCUCCGUCGGCCUACGAAGCACAAUCCCUCUACAACGGGUCGGUAUACGGCGCACAGCCCGCUCCAUCAGUGUACUCUGGAUACGGAGCACCAUCGGCAUACGCCGCUUCGGCAUACGGAGGCGCGUAUCAACGUCCAGCAGCACCACCCGCCCGUAACUCCUUGUUGAGCCUGGGAGCAGCGCCGGCGUACGUCGCCUCGGCAGGAGGCUACCCAACAGACGACGACAUCCUCCGGGAAACGAGACGCAUCCUUGCGACCGCGAACCUGAUGACGGUCACGAAGAAGCAAGUUCGGGAUGAGCUGAGCAGUAUGUUUGGAACCGAUCUCAACUCGCGGAAAGCGACCGUCAACGGAUUCAUUGAGGAUAUUCUGCAGGGGCGAUUGUAGAGACAUAUUGUGCCCUCUCUCCACAUUACUGGCGUUACGGACUUCCCCUAGCUAUAAUUACCCCCUCUUGCUUGCUUUUCUAUCGGCGCUAUUUUCUUAUCAUCUAGUGUCUGGCUCCGGCGUACGCUUUUAUUUAAUCUUUUGUUUCAUCUGCAUCCCAUCUGUAAAUUCUUGUAGUUUGCUCUAAUAUCUUUCAAGUUUUUGACUUGCAUUGCGAUGGACUUUCAAAUUCAAGGACAACAUUGUUAUUCGCCUACGAGAAGACCAUUUGCGAAACGCUCGCCAUCCAAAA